AUGAAUGAGGAGCCAGGUGAGGUGGUUGAGGUGGAUCGGGUCGGAUCGACCCAGAUCGAAAAAAAUCAAAUGGAAUGGUAUCGGAGUGAGGAGGAAGAGCGGAUUCUACUGGAGUAUGAUGAGAUUGAAUCCAAUCCCUCCGACAAUCUCAAGUGCCUCAAGCUCGAUUGGAACCCAUAUGAAUGGCAAUUUGCAGUCACAGGCGCUGGUGGAACUGAAUUCGAGGGUGGGAUUUAUCAUGGGCGGGUCCUGUUUCCGGGGGAAUACCCAUUUAAGCCUCCUUCAAUCAUACCGUUGACGGAAAAUGGUCGCUUCACAACCCAUACCAAGAUCUGGUUAAGGCGACUGAAUUUAUGGCAGCCAUCAUGGAGGGUGCGAGAUGUUUUGGUUGAUUUUAUUCAUUUAAUGCCCGCCUACCCAGAUGGUGAAUUGGGUUCAUUAGAAUACAGUAAGGAAGAAAGGCGUGUCCUGGCCAUCAAAUCUCGUGCAGCAGCCACACGAUAUGGCACUUCUGAACGUCAGAAGGUAAUUGAGGAGAUUCAUCAAUAUAUGCUAAGCAAGGCACCACCUGUUCCUUUUCCUCAACUCCAACUGAUGAGAAACACUCCGUGUCAGUUGAAUGAGGAUGGUGGCAAUGGAUCCAAAAGAAAGCAGCAGGGCGCAGGCGGCAUUGUCACCAACGUUGUUUGGAAUGCAUUUAAUGCUAAUAAUUCCGACCGGAUGGAAUUAGAUUGGAGUGUGAUAGCGGCGGACAAGUGCAACAUAAAGAACUCAGGGGAGAAGCGGAUUCUAGAGGAGUAUAAUGAGAUUGAAUCCAAUCCCUCCGACGAUCUCAAGUGCCUCAUGCUCGAUGGGAACCCAUAUGAAUGGCAAUUUGCAAUCAGAGGCCCUAGUGGAACUGAAUUCGAGGGUGGGAUUUAUCAUGGGGUGGUCCAGUUUUCGAUGGGAUACCCAUCGAAGCCUCCUUCAAUCAAGCUUUUGACGAAAAAUGGUCGCCUCAAAACCCAAACCGACAUUAGCUCAGGGCUAUUAUCGAACUGGCAGUCACCAAGGAGCGUGCGAAAUGCUUUACUUGCACUUAUUGAGAAAAUGCCCACCUACCCAGAUGGUGAUGAUGAAUUGGAUUCAGUAAAAUACAAUAAGGAAGUAAGGCGUGCCCAGGCCAUCAAAUCUCGUGCAGCAGCCCCAAAAUGUGAACGUCAGAAGCUAAUUGAUGAGAUUCAUGAAUAUAUGCUAAGCAAGGCAGCACCUGAUACUCAACUCCAACUGAGCAGCCCCUCACAGGCCUCCAAAGAGCUUGAGCAUGACCAUGACCAUGACCAUGACCAAAAUGAUGGAGCCAAAAGAAAGCAUGGCAGCGGCGGCACAAACCCAGGCAUCUCCAAUUUUGGGAAUACAUUUGAUGCUACCGACUACCAGAGUGGAGGAACUCCGGAAGAGAUGGUUGUGGUGGAUCAAGUCGGAUCGACGAAGAUCGAACAAAAUCAAAUGGAAUUGGAUCGCUACCCAGCGAUGAAGCGGAUUCUAGAGGAGUAUAGUGAGAUUGAAUCCAAACCCUCCGACGAUCGAGUCGGAUCGACGCAGAUCGAACAAAAUCAAAUGGAAUUGGAUCGCUAUCCGGCGAUGAAGCGGAUUCGUGGGAUUGAAUCCAAACCCUCCGAUCGACGCAGAUCGGACAAAAUGAAACGGAAAAAGAUUUGUGGAUUACUUAUAUCGAAGACGUGGUGCGGCGGCUUGGAGAGGAGUAUAGAGAGAUUAAAUCCAAUCCCUCCGACGAUUUUGACUGCCGCAUGCUCGAGCGGAACCCAUAUGAAUGGCAAUUUGGAAUCAGAGGCGUGGGAUUUAUCAUGGGCGGAUCCAGUUUCCGAAGGAGUACCCAUCGAAGCCUCCUUCAUUCACGCUUUUGACGGAAAAUGGUCGCUUCAAAACCCACAACAAGAUCAGGAUAAGGCGACUGAAUGA